AUGGCGCUCAGCAUCAUCAAGCAGCGCAUCGCCUACUAUGGUGCAGGCGAUCUGAUCGCCGCACUACCGCCCCACGACUUGAUGGAGUGGGUACUCCAUCCUGCAGCAACACCGCCGAAAGCGCUUGUGAUAGGCACUUGCGAUGGACGCGACGUCCUUGCCUUUAUGAAAAGCUUCGGUGGCAGCCCACGCAGGGUGCAGUAUUGCUUCAAGCCAACCGACCGCCGGCUCAAUGCAUCCACAGCACAGUCACUUGCGCCAGACGAGGUGGUGAAAUUGCCACUCAACGAGCCGUUUAGGCACAGCGCCGAUACCUCUGAGCUGGGGAAGAGGAACCUCGGCAUCGUCGUUCAAUGGUACUUCGUCAACAUGAUCGAACCAGAGGUUGACUAUGUCAAGUAUUGUCCACAACUUUACAAUGCUCUGCAGGAUAUCGACGCAAGGAAACGUGCCGAAGACGAGUCUAGGACACCGAGACCCGAAGAACCUAGGGGCGCACAAGAUCAACGUUUGAGUUACCACAGCCAUCCUAGUACAGAAGGUGAGGUGACCAGGCAGCUUGUUGCCCCAGGCAAGAGCGCAGAAGAAUGCCCGUUAGCCAGCAUGAAUGACGAUGGGCCUUCUGAUCUAGAGACACUGCACAAUUACUUGGGUUCUCACAACGUGCUUUACUUGCUGAAAAAUUUACCUGAUGCAGACGAAUUCCGAUUCGUGCACCAGGACUUCUUGCUCGAUGCCCAGCCAAGAAAGCUCUUUGUCGGCUACCAUAAAGAACAUGGCAACGACAUCUAUGCGUAUAUGCGAAAGCCACGCGAAUACCACAGGAUUGAAUUCUACAUCGAAAAUUCGCACGCACUCUCGAAGACAGUCAUCCGCUCGGAAGACGUUGUUAGACAGCGCAUCCUGCACCCGUUCGAUAAGACUUGUCUAGAAGGUGCCCACAAAAUCGGCCAAGACGAGAAAGCACGACUCACACUUAUGGUGAAGUGGUACUUCAUAGCAGCCGGUGUAGCAAAGGACUGUGUGCUCAGAGAGACGAAGGCUUUUCCCGAGCGCUUGCGGAGUGCACUUGAAUACAUUGCCGAGCGGAUGGGAGCUGCUUCUGCCAGACCACCCUCAAUCGACUGCGAACGACAAAAUGAGCCUACGACUACACCGGAAGAGGCAAGACCAGCCCAAUUCACUACCGCCGAGAUUACAACCGGUCUUUUAUCAUCGCCCAGCACAUCUACAACUGCUUCUCCGCGCCCGUCAACUGCUUACGCGGAGCAACUGAAUGAUCAGGUGAACGCAGUCGACACUCCAAUAUCGCGACUCGCUAAACGCACUGCUGAUGAUGCAGAGUUCGAAGACCUCGCUGGGAUAGUGUUGGAAGUGCUUGCAACGGACCAGAACCUCAAGAGUCAAAUUGACGACAUUGACAAGCAGAUUGAGGUGUUGCAGACUGAACGCAAGGACUUGGUAGAAAGGAGGAAGCAUACAAAGAGAAGAUUUACGAGCCAGACUUUGGCGAUUGCAUCGAAGAUGGAUGGUAAGAGGCAUCAGGACUCGGUUUAG